UUAAGCUUACGCGAGCUAUUCACAUAAAUGAUAUGUUGAAAUGGACAAUUAUCACAAACCAACUAUAAACAAUCGUAUGUUACAAAUGGUUCUGUCGUGUUAAAAUGUACAGAAGAAAGAAGACUAUAUGGAAGACCCAAUUUUAUUUCAAACAUGAAAGUUACUAAGAAAAUAUAGCAAUUGUAAUAGGAGCAAAUAAAUGGCGUACCCAAUAGACAUCCAAACUGCAAAACCAACGCAGAAAAUGUCGAGAAACUCAAAUCCUUACCACAUAAAGCGACCAAUGAACGCAUUCAUGGUAUGGUCAAGAUUGCAGAGGAAGAAGAUAUCUCUGAUGAAUCCGAAACUGCACAACUCCGAGAUAUCGAAGAGACUCGGACAUGAAUGGAAGAGUUUGGACGAAACGGAGAAAAGACCGUUCAUAGAUGAAGCGAAGAGAUUAAGGUUGAAGCACAUGCAUGACUACCCAGACUACAAAUACCGUCCGCGUCGAAAGAACCGAAUAGAACCAACGUAUAGUAAUCCUGCUAUCUACAGUAGAGAGGCGUUCGUUGAGAUAGAACCUCGAGCUGAUCAAAACUAUCAGAUCCCAGUGAAUUACACUGAACAUCAGUUUAUGUAUAACAAUAUGAUCAGUUACCCUGUACCGACGAUUUCUCAAACAUCGUUUGUGCCGACAACAAUCAGGCCAAAGGAGGAGGCCCUACCUAGUUUAGAUUUAAGGCCUUUACCAUCUAUAGAGAGUAUUUCCCCGAGGCCUUUCGCUGUCGUCAACCAGCAGAUGAUGGUGAAAGCCUAUCAGGACUUACAUUACGUGCCCGGUGACGUCACCAGAAUUUCAUAUUAUCCGUUCGGUGUUCAAUAGAUUAACUUUUUUUGUUAUCGGAAGUUUUAGCGAUGCAUUUGUUAUAUUCACUCACGUUAUCCGAAAAUUUUAACAAGUUUUUAACCGCCAUAGUUUC